AUGCCGUCGCCGCGAACUUCACCGGCCAUGCGGCCAACCUCUCCGCUUUCACCCGGCUUCAAACAAUCCGCACACUUCGACACCCUGCAACCACCACAACAACGACCAAUGCAUUCGCGGACAAGCAGCAGCAAGCAACGCCGACCACCCACCAACUCCCUCAAGCUGCCCUCCCUCCCUCGCUUCCACCCUGCAAACUUCCCAUCAGCACACAGCAGCGUGCAAUCAACACCAGACGGCACAACCUCUCCACAACCACCCGUCUCCCCGCGAGCACAUCAACGAAUGUACAGCGACGUGCAGAAACAACUCUACUUCAACCAACGCGAGCUGCUAUCACGGGGAACAUCAUCCAACUCAACUGGCAAGCCGAUCAGUCCCCGACUCCAACCACUCGGCAGUCCAGGCCCCGUCACACCACUAGAGCUAGAAGGAGAGGAGGAGUACUUGCUUGCCGGGGCGAGGAAGUCCGCGAAUGGCACCGCACCGCAAGAGUUGGUCGAGCAGUUGAUCAAAGAGGAAACUCGUCGACAACGGAACAUGACCGCCGCGUCAGGACGGCCUACAGGUCGAUGA